AUGUCGAAAGCUAUCAAAGGAACAAUUCUCUGUUUGCACGGUUACGCCCAGAACGGCCCUACCUUCUCUGCUAAGGCUUCAGGGAUCAGAAAAGCUUUGAAGAAAAUUGGAUACCACACUAUCUUCGUUCAAGGAUCUCUCAAGAUCCAAAAAGCUGAUUUGCCAUUUGAGGUUCCCCCAAGCGAGAAUGCCGAGGACGAAUUUGAUUAUCGUGGAUGGUGGCAACCAAAUGACGACUAUGAUCUCCAGCCAGCUCUAGACGCGGUGAAGAAUUACUACAAAGAACACGGGCCGUUCAUUGGUAUCAUGGGCUUCUCUCAGGGUGCCGGUUUGGCCGCAGUUGUGUGUAAUAAAUACGCCGAAAUUGUUGGUCAGCCAAAAGCAAACGAGGAGCUCAAGUUUGCAAUAUUUUAUGCCGGAUUCAAGCUCAAGCCUCAGCAAUACCAGAAAUACUACGAGAACAAAAUCAAGCUUCCCACCCUUCAUAUUUUUGGCGAACUUGAUACUGUGGUUUCUCCUGACAGAGCCGAGGCCCUUGUUGAAUGCUGUGAGAAUGCUACUGUUUUGAAGCACCCUGGAGGACAUUUUGUUCCAAACACGAAGGAUUUGAUUAGAAAAGAAGUCGCUUGGAUAGAGAACGUUUUGAACGAGUCCAAUGAAAAGCCCGACGUUGAAAAGGAUGGGGAUAAAGAACUCGAGGAGUUAAGUGAAGAGAUCGGAAAGAUGGGUGUUGCAUAA